AGGAGGGGUUUCUGUGUCACUCAUUUCUCGGCGUGAACGUCUUUCCGCCGGCGGUUCAUUCACGCUUCAGACUCCUGCUUUGCUUCACGUCGAGCUUCUACCUCUUUGCUGCUCACUUCAUUAAAUCAUGAAGAUCUGGACCUCAGAACACAUAUUCAACCAUCCUUGGGAGAUGGUGACGAAGGCUGCUAUGCAGAAAUAUCCCAAUCCUAUGAAUCCCAGCGUAGUUGGAGUGGAUGUUCUGGAGCGAAACGUCGACCAACAGGGCCGCCUCCGAAGUACAAGGCUGCUCAGCACAGAGUGGGGUCUGCCAUCCAUUGUGAAAUCUCUCAUUGGAAACGUACGGAGCUGCACCUACAUUCAGGAGAGCUCCGUUGUGGAUCCCAAAGAGAGAACGUUUGAACUUCAAUCCUCAAAUAUCACCUUCACAAACAUGGUGUCUGUGGAUGAAAAGUUAACCUACAAACCACACCCUGAAGAUCCAGAAAGGACAAUACUGACUCAAGAAGCUAUCAUCUCAGUGAAAGGGGUCAGUCUCAGUAGUUACCUGGAAGGUGUCAUGGCAAACACAAUCUCCUCCAAUGCUGGAAAGGGUCGUGAAGCCAUGGAGUGGGUGAUCAGACGGCUGAAUGCAGAGAUCGAGGAGCUGGCAGCCACAGCGCGAGGAACCAUCCGAACUCCAAUGGCGGCUGCAGUCACAGACAAAUGACUACCUCAUUAGUUUAGAGACUAUAAAUCAAGAUUCCCAGCCUUCCUUUAUGAUGCUCCGGUGCCGUAUUGGUGCUCUGGGUUUUCUGCAUUGUUUCUAGGGUACACUUGUAAACUCUACUGUCUACAUCUGAUGUAUUUAAAGCGGCGGACUCCAGCAUAAAGGAUUGCUGAACGUUUCCAGGGCAGCACCGCCACCAACGGGCAUCAGCUGGAGGAGCGUGUGGCACACUCAGGGAAGGGUUUAAACUCCACUGGCAUAGCAGGCAGUAACUGAACCAGAAACCAAGAAAAAAGUGCCAAAGCAGACAUUGCUUUUUGUCCAGCCUCUCGCACACAAACGCCUCUGCCAGCUGUGCUUUGAUAUUUUUUCAGCAGACGCCUGAAUGUCAUUUAGUCUGCAGGGUUCAACUGGAUUGUAAAGAGUUUUUAUUCACAUUCAGAGGAGGGUUUAACUACUAAUGAUUUGUGAUGGCAGAAAACUACGAGUUAACCCAGCGUUAAAAUGUUAUUUGUGAAUGAAGGUAGGAACAAACAAGUAGGUCAAAGUUUCAUAGUUUGAAACUUUCUCUAUAGUUCCCUAUGGGACCGCAGCAAUACUUGGACUCUGUACUAGGAAACGUGCAGACCUGAUUCUAAACUGUAUUUAAGAAUUUAAUGAAGGGAUCAAACUUGCCAUAUUUAUGCUUUUCUCUUGGUGGAAAGGCGCUUUCCAGUACAUUGUGAAGUGUAUCUAAAAGGGUCUUCUCUCACAACUUUUUAUGUAUAUUUUAAACUGUUACUAAAUUUAUUUAUUUGUGUUUGUUUUUAAAUAUUUGUGGGUUUUUGACUAUUAAAAAUAUACAUUCUUUAAACUUUA